UUCGUCUGCCUCGUGUUUGCGGCGCGUUCAUAGUUUGGAAAAGUAUUGACAGUGCAUUUGACAGAUCUGUCUGUGUGUGCGCGCGGAUCACGCCUGUCCCCGCGACAAGCAGAUUCUUUCCUCCUGUGACGCCGCGCACCAAGGAACCAUCUGUUGUAGCUGCUCGGCCUUCGCUGCUACAGGCCAAGGAAGACAACCUGGCAACACAGCAACACAGCUCGGCCGGCGGUACAGCUUCGGCAUUAUUGGUGGGCUGUUUGUUUACUUUGUCAGGAGCACUAGAAGGGCCGACAAGGGCAGGCCCUUCUCCAGCCUCUCAGGAGUGUGGCAGCUCUCGAGCCACUUGUCUCGCGUGCUUUGUGGCGGAACUUUAAAUAUACACUUCGAAAAUGCUGUAACCAUAGGGAGAGGACAAAAAAAGACUAGUCAUGAUGAAGCCGACAAAGACAUUCCGACACGUGUUGGUGGGCUCCUUGUUCCUCUCGGUCGUGUGGGCUGAAAGGACGCAAACAGUGGACUCGCAGCAAAAUGUGCACCUCCAGAAAUACGAAAACUCGCACAACACGUACAGAGACGCGCACGGCCUUCAGAGAUCGCGAAGGCAAUCCAACCAUUACCGAGGAACGGAGGAACAGGAAGCGGACUAUCCGACUCAAACAGGAACAGCGACACCGAUCAACUAUGGAUCUUCAGACAUCCUUCAGACAUCUCAAAAGGAGUUCGAUGUUGGGACCUCAAAUAGCCUUCGGAGACCUCAAAAACCGAUCAACAUUGGAAACUCAGACACCCUUCAAAGACCUCAAAGACAGUUUCAAGUUGACACCUUAGACAGCCUUCAGAGACCUCGAGGAGAGAUCAACGUUGGGGCCUCAGACACCCUUCAAAGACCUCAAAGACAGUUUCAAGUUGACACCUUAGACAGCCUUCAGAGACCUCGAGGAGAGAUCAACGUUGGGGCCUCAGACACCCUUCAAAGACCUCAAAGACAGUUUAAAGUUGACACCUUAGACAGCCUUCAGAGACCUCGAGGAGAGAUCAACGUUGGGGCCUCAGACACCCUUCAAAGACCUCAAAGACAGUUUCAAGUUGACACCUUAGACAGCCUUCAGAGACCUCGAGGAGAGAUCAACGUUGGGGCCUCAGACACCUUUCAGAGACCUCAAAGACAGUUUAAAGUUGACACCUUAGACAGCCUUCAGAGACCUCGAGGAGAGAUCAACGUUGGGGCCUCAGACACCCUUCAAAGACUUCAAAGACAGUUUCAAGUUGACACCUUAGACAGCCUUCAGAGACCUCGAGGAGAGAUCAACGUUGGGGCCUCAGACACCCUUCAAAGACCUCAAAGACAGUUUAAAGUUGACACCUUAGACAGCCUUCAGAGACCUCGAGGAGAGAUCAACGUUGGGUUCUCAGACACCCUUCAAAGACCUAAAAGACAGUUUCAAGUUGACACCUUAGACAGCCUUCAGAGACCUCGAGGAGAGAUCAACGUUGGGGCCUCAGACACCCUUCAAAAACCUCAAAGACAGUUUCAAGUUGACACCUUAGACAGCCUUCAGAGACCUCGAGGAGAGAUCAACGUUAGGGCCUCAGACACCCUUCAAAGAUCUCAAAGACAGUUUCAAGUUGACACCUUCGACAGCCUUCAGAGACCUCGAGGAGAGAUCAACCCUUCAGAGACCUCGAGGACACAUCAACAACGAAACCUCAGACACCCUUCAUAG